AUGCUGUCUACAGUAAUCGUCGGUCUUCUCGUUUUGUUUCGGAGUUGUGGUGCAUGCAGCCCAUUCGGACGGGAGAGUUUGCUGGUCGCGCAGUCCAUGUUAGGUCCCGAUAGAACGAUCUCAACGAAUGAAUUAUUCUCAUCAGCUUCUUCGUCUUCAAAUGUUCGAGCGCGCGGUCAGAACACGCACCUUCUCGUUCCAUCGAUCCCAUCGAAUCCGAAAUCGAUGAGCGUCUCGCUCGGCGUCCCAUCGGCACCGCCGAUUCGAAAAUCGAGCGAUUUGAAUUGCGCGCAUUUCGAUGAGUCGUGCCGUUGGCGAAAUGUCGAUGGACUGUUUGUCGACGAACUCGACUGGUAUCAGGGCUCCGGCGAACUGGACGCCUCACGAAUGGCGGUUGCGACGGCCACACAUGUGCUUCCAGACGGCUCCUACGCAAUCGCAGCCACCGAACUCGUCCAAUUCCCGACAACCAAGGCAGUGUUGGUGUCGGAUGAGAUCGCGUGCCAAUCCGGCGACGGCGAGAUCCGAUUCAUCUCGCCAAUCGACAAAACCGAUCCAGGACCGGUUUUCAUCAAUAUUCCGGAUCAAGGACCAGUUCCAUUUCAGAUUUAUCUCAUUGCUGAUCAUUUCACAUUCAAUUCGGAUAAUUUGAAAGGAGGCUUUGCAAUUAUUGAUUCUAUCGAAUAUUACGCCAAAAUGUGCCAGAAUGGCGGACAAGAAGCCCAAGGAAAUUCAUUUGAUCCAUCUGAUGAACUGACCCAAAAUGGAGUUGUUCCUUUAAUUCCAUUGGCCGAAUCGAGCGAUGAAACCGCUCGAGUGACUUCGAAACGAGCUGCCGUCACACCGCCGACAUUGAAGUUGGGCAUUUCUCGGCAUUCCGACACCAAAACGGGCAUUUAUCAAUUUGAAUCAAUUUUGGAUAAAAAGCCGAAUAUCGUUGCGAAUUUGGAAAAUGAUGAAGACGACGAUGGGAUGUCUUCAAUUUGCGAGGUUGCUGUAUGCUCCUUUAAUGAAUCUGAACUAUGCUCAAGAAUUGCUAGCAAAUCUGGAUGGCAAUUGUCGAAUGAGCCGGUUGGAAAUCCAUUGACGGGAAUCCGAGGCGAUGCUUCUUCCCUUCCUUAUCAUGAAGAAGGGUCAUUUGCAUAUAUCGAAGGUCCCCAAUUCGUUUCGCGUCUUCAGACUUCUUCAUUCUUCGUUGAUCAACCGGUCACACUCGUAUUUUCGUAUUAUAAGGCUGACAAAAUCAGCGAGUUGCGCGUAUUGCUGAAACCGGAGUAUUCGAAAGAAUUCGCCGUCUUUCGCGCUCCAAGACUCACAAAAACUUCAAGACGCUGGUAUCGGGAGAGCAUUCAAAUCGCUGCAGGAUCCUAUGAAUACAUGGCAUUCGAAGCUUCAAAUCUCAAAUCCAACAAUUACAUCGGAAUUGAUGAGAUGUUCGUCGUCGACGACAAACGAAAAUCGUUCUGCCUCAAAUUCCACUGA